UUUUCGUAGUGAUUGCGUACGCAUACACACAUCGUACAGUUACGUUGAAAUUUCGUCCUCUUCAAACAAAAAUAUUUUUGUAAAAUAAAAAUAUAAAAAUUUCUUCUAUCUCAACAACAAAAAGAAAUUGUGUGCGCGAGCAGAAUACAAAAAAAAAACCCAAACCUCACCCUUUCAAUUUUCAACAAUUACAAAAUCGUACAUCAAUUCGUUUAAAAUAAAUAAAAAGAAAACACCUGCAUUCAAAUAUUUAUGUGAAAUACACAAAAAUAAAAUAAAAAUCAAAAAGUUAAAUAAAAAUCUCUCAGUGUCAUCAAAUGAAUUUCGGAAAGUUCUUCUUCAUUUCGCUACGCAGAUCAUCGAAUCUCGUUUUCGUUCACGUUCUCGUUCUCGAAUCGAGCGAUUGAGUUGGUGGCCCAAAAGAGAGAAGUUACCUUUACCUACAAAAAGUGUGUGAAAAAAUCCGAUAAAUAUUUUUUGAGGUCAUUUUCGAUUUUGGUUGAGAAUCGGAUUUGGAUUCGGAUCGGGAUUUUCCUUCCUUGAGUUUCCAUCGACAGCAAUAGCAACAAAACAACCAAAAGAUAACUUAGUAUCAGCAGUCGAAGGGAAGUAGAAAAUCAGAGAGCUUUAGCAGCUUAGGUGUAUGAAAAUUCGUGAAAAUUUAUACGUGGACGCGUGCGGGGCAGGUGUCGGCGGUGGUCGAAUUGAAAAUAGAAAAUUGAAAAUACUGUGAGCGUUUGUGUUGUUGUGUUUUUGUGUAUCACUCGUGUUGUGUUACGUGUUCGCCUUCAUUGAGUUUUCACCGGGAUUUUCCUCCACACAAGUUUUCCAUAUACCAAACUCGUCAUCGUCAUCAUCAUCUGCAUAAAUUCGGGUUGCGCGAUAAUCCUCCUCGAUAUCGUUACUCUUCGUUAAACGGCAAUUAAUUUUCGUGUAGUGUUGAAAAAUCAACAUUCAUACUUUCCACAUUAAUUUGUCCAUUUGUAAUUUUUCUUCUUUUUUUUCUUGUGUGGAAGUCGAUUUCUUGAGCAAAUUCUUCUGCAAACGAAAGUAAAUAAAACAACAAAUCAAAAUGAAUAAAUUCCAAGAGGAAAAAUAUUUUAAUAAUAUCUUAUAAUGGCGUAAUUAAGUGGAUUUUGAGGCCAAAACGUGAGUGCAAGUUAAAGAGAAAUAAAGAAAUAAUAAAAUGUGUGCUUCAGUUUCUGUUUUGCCUUCUUUUUAAUUUAUUCCUAUUUGGGCCUGUAUCUUCACCUCUUCGUCGUCGUCGUCUUCGUCUUUUCGUGUCUCUUCUGAGAUGCAGCCCUUUAUUUUAAUUACUAAAUAAAAUAAAUUAUGUACAUAAAUUGUGAAAGAAAAAUUGAUAGAAAAAAAAAGUAAAUAAAUAAAAUUUAUAAAGUAAAAAUAAAAAGUGAAUUAAAGUGAAUUCUCCAGUGCGCAAGAAGGAGAAGCUAAAAAUAUACAAAUAAUAAUUUCGUGUGUGAUAAAGUGUUAUUCCCUUAAGUGAGUUAGACAGAGACGCAGCGAUAACAAGUUGCGGUGGACAAUUUGGCGGCGCAGAUCAGCUCAGUGUCAGUUGAGUCUUGAGUCGCUAGAUGAACGUUCUUGAGUGAAAUGUCAAAUUCAUCGUUGUUUGCAUUUCCCCUUACGUCAUCGCCAUCGUCAGCCUUAGCAGCAUCAGUUCCAGCCGGAGCGGGAGCCGGAUUAUUUUCUUUAGGACCAACUUUGUUGUCGUCAUCAUUAUCAUCAUCAAUUUCCAUAUUGCGUAUGCGUAGUGAUCUAUAUUUUCAAUUGGAUUGUGUUUUGGGAUAUGUCGCAUAAUAAAUUUUUAAAGCAGAAACUAAAAUCUCGAUCUCAUCAGCAAAAUAAAAGUUCAAAUGGCCGCGGCUAGCGCUGGAACGCAUAAAACAUUAAACAGUGCCGCAGCUAUUUCGAGUAAUGUUAAUGCUGUGGUAAUGUCUCGAGGAAAUUUAGUACAACAGCAACAAGUUGUAAUGCAACAACAGCAACAACAACAACAACAUCAACAGCAGCAACAACAGCAGAUGCAGCAUCAACAGCAACAACAACAUCUUCAACAUCAUCAGCAGCAGCAUCAACAACAACAGCAUCAACAUCAUGCAGCAGCGAAUAUAUCUAAUCAGCAACAUCCACAGCAGGCCAUUGUUAUGCAACAUCACCACCAUCAUCAUCAACAGCAGCAUCCGCAACAUCAGCAACAACAAAAUGUUCACUAUCAGAUGCAACACCAACAACAACAACAACAUCAGCAUCAGCAGAUGAAUGGACAUCAUCAUGCUUCGCAACAUAUGAUGCAUCAUGUUGCACAACAAUCUCAACAACAAUUGCUACCACAGCAACAAACCCAACAACAACAACAACAACAGCAUAGACAACAAACCUUCGUCCCGCGGGUCGGUGCGAAUAAUUCUUCCAAUGGAAUGCAAAUAAUCGCUAACAAUGUCAUUGCUCGACAACAAUUGCACCAACAUCCCCAAUUCCCCCAACAACAACAACAGCAACAUGUACAACAACAAAAUUACAACCAAUCUCCGGUGCAUCAUCACCAAGAACAGCAACAACAACCACAACACCAACAACAAUAUCCUAUUGAGGCAUCAGAGGGGGCUCCAGGCGUAAAAUUACAACAACUACAACAUCUACCACCACCGCCCCCUCCUACUAAUAAAAUUCCUGCACCACCACCACCUCCACCACCAACAACAACAACAAUAGCAUCCCGUCACGCUCUGACGAAUAAACCACAAAUUCCAAUAGAGCCACCAGCAAUGGCUGCUGUUGGAGCAGCGCCUGCAGCUAAUUUAGCACCUGGAUGGCGAAGGAUUAACGCCAACAACGAGGUCAUCUACAUAAGUCCCACUGGAGCAACGUUACGUUCACAGGUGCAAAUACAGGAUUACUUAUUGUCACCUGGCACCUGCAAAUGUGGUCUUCCAUGCCCAUUGCGGCCGGAGUUCUUUUUCGAUUUUAAUUCUCAGGUUCCUAACAUACCAUUGAAAGUACCUCUAGAAAAUGGAUUACCUGCUGCACGUUCGUUAGCAUGUCUGCAUCAGAGGCGAUUCCUAGAAUCACCAUCACAUCAGGACCAGCAGCAGCAGCAACAACAUGAACAGCAGCAUCACCUUCAUCACCAGGAGGAGUUGGAUCUUCUUCAGGAGGAGCAGGAACAACAGCAGCAGCAGCAGCAGGAGCAACAUCAGCAUUUGCAAAACGAGCCUCAGAACCACAAUCUCCAGCAACAACAUCAACACCAGCACCAGCCUCAACAACAGCAGCACCAGUCCCAUCAGCAUCAGCAACAACAACAACUCCACCACCACCAACAUCACCAUCAUCACCACCAACAACAGCAGCACCCCCACCACCACCAGCAGCAGCAGCAGCAGUCUGAGCAACCAGGAUUAAAAGGUAAUUUGAAGGCCACCAUCGCGUCCGCUGCAGCCUUUUCAUUUAUUAAGCAUUCCAAAGAUGCAAAAAGACGAAAGUUCACAGUUCCAACAACAAACCCUAACAAAAUCCUCUUGGCCGCAGCCCAACAGCAGCAGCAACAACAACAACAACAUCAACAGCAAAAUGUUAACCAUUCUGCAAGUAAUGUUUACAGCUCAGCAAAUAGUUCUGUGCAAAGCGAUUCUAGUCAAAUGGUGGCUUCGGUUUCAUCCAAAACACAACAAUUGCAACAGCAACAGCAGCAAAUGGAAUCACAUCCAUCGCCAUCACACCACAAAAAUCCAAAUGUUAUUGAUGUUGUUCAAAAAGUCCAACAUCAUUCGAUUGUGCCACCACAAAACUCCAAUUCUGCUCCUGGCGAAGGGGAUGAAGAUGAGGAAGCACAUCAACAAGAUGAAAUUGUUGCCGAAAAACCCGAACGCCAAAUUGGUAAUGUGAAACUUUCCAAAACUCCACCAUGGCGUAAAAGUCAAUCGGCCGGUUAUAGUUCCGAGAGUAACGAACGUGUUCCACCACUUCCAACUGCACAUUUAGAAUCGUCUUCUUCUAAUUCUUCUACUUCAGCUUCUGCUUCAUCUUCUAGAAAUUCUUCCUCAAAAUGGUUAUCGGCAACUCCACCUUGGGAGAAGGGCAACGGUCAAACGUUUAUGCCGCGUUUCUAUACCAAAAAUCGCCUCCUCACUGGGGUCACCAAGAAAUUUCCAAAUUUCAAAGACGACCCAAGUGGUUAUCUUAGCCAGCAGACUGCGUUGUUGCAAAGUACGAUGAUGAAUUUCGUGCAAAAUAAGAAAACCAUCGAACCAACGGUCGAUGAAGAAGACGAAGAGGAGGAGGACGAGGAAGAGGAGGAAGAAGAAGAGGAAGAAGAGGAGGAGGAGGAAGAAGAAGAUGAGCACAUGGAAGAAGUGCAAGAGGCUCCGACGAGCAAAACUGUGAUUCACCAACAAAAAAUACAACAACAACAGAAACAACAAACGCAACAGAGGCUUAAUCUAGCGCCUGCUGUUGAGGAAGUGAAAGCGACCCUUUACGCCGAACGAGUGUAUAAUAAUGGUGCCGCUCAUCACCAUCCUCAGACACAGCAGCAUCAGCAAAAUGCCGUGGAAUUAUCUCAAAGCUCUAACAGUUUGACGAACCAAUAUCAGACGCAGCAACAGCGGAUGGCAGCUCCCGCGUCUCCAGCUGCCCCACCGGCGAGUCCAACCGUCGUUGUCAAUCAUCAAUUGCAUGCUCCUUCUAGUCAACAACAAUUCCAUCCUGAACAAAAUGAACAGGGCAAAGUGGAAGUGGUAACUGAAAAGAGGCGACAGUACACGCAUCAGGUGAAUAAUCGGCCUGAGGCUCAACAGCAUUUGACGACAACAAUUGGUGGCCAAACGGUGACUCAUUUCCCCAAUGGCAUGGUACAGAUCGAACAGAGCUGUGAAACUGUCCAGUUGUCGCAGCCGACGCCAAUGAAGCCGCAGCAACAACUACAGCUGCAACAACAGAUUCAGCAGCAUAAUCUGCUCUUCCGGCAAAAUCAGCAAAUACAAAAACAGACCACUGGAAGUAGCAAGUCCCAGCAACAGCAGCAGCAACAACAGAAGGCCCCUCUUGUCGUCCCAGCCGCGCAAGAGUCACCGGUCUCGUCGAGCACAACCUUCCCCAAUCGUGCGACUCCCGACACACCCCAGCUCUUGUCCGAUGCUUCAAAGGGUCCAGCUCAGGUGGGAGCUAUUUCCACAAGCCACGAGAGCCCACGGCCAUGUCCUCCAUCGCCAGCUGAGUCAUUGGAAUCGACAAGCUCCAGAGCAUCGAUAAAAACAGCUCCAUCCCCUAGCUUGGUUCAAAACUCACAUUCUGUGUCCACAAAGAAAAGUGAAUCGCAUAAGGUCGGCAGACACCACAAGACUCCCCAGCACUCCAUGUACACCCAGACUACAGGCAGAAACACCAUUACUUCGGUGACAGCCGGAAAGAGCCAAACUGCAACCACAACAUCAUCGACCAUCUCUGUUGAGCCACCGAAUAAAAUCCAACAUCAUUCCCAGAAACUGUCUCCAAACAGCAGUCUUCCUGUGGCCAACCUGCAACUGCAGCCAAUUAUGCGGGAGACAAACAACAGCCAGAUUAUCAUGACUUCUACCGGUCAGUUGAUCGUAAUGCCAACUUCCAGUGGCAUUAAGCAACAGAUCAAUGGCAACCAUCAUAUGAUUAUUUCCAACAACGAUAAUAGCUCCUCUCUCGAUGUCCAGCAACAGCUCUUGAAUGCCACAGCUAAUAAUGGGGCAACCUCCAAUGGAGGUAUCAUCAUUCAAAAUGCCGGCAAUUCGAAUAACUUCCAAAUCCAAGGUGGCAACAUUCAACCUACAACUGUGAUCCUUAAUAAUGGACAAAAUCUUCUGGGCGCCGGGACAAAGGUUCUCACCCAAGGUGGCAACAUUAUCAAUGGCAACCUUAUUUCUCCUAAUAAUUCCGGAAUGCUUGGCCAGCAGACUGUUGUGCUCAAUACACUUCCCAAUGGCUAUGUGAUCCAACCAAACUUUGCCACUGUCGACGGACAGAUGGUCAGUCAGAUUGUGAAUCAAGAAAACGGAACUACCACUUAUGUCCAACAGCAACAUCCACAGCAGCAGCAGCAGCAACAACAACAGCAGCGAAUUAUCAUCACUUCGCCAGACAUCAAGCGAAAGGCAAAGAAACGGAAAAACAGCUCUAGCUCUUCGCCUUCCACAACGCCAUCAAAUAUCUCGCCACAACAGUCGCCAACGAUACAACAGCAACAACAACAACAAACAGCCACCGUUCUACAGAAUCACCAGAAUAACGGCCAAGCGCAGAUGGUUCAAAUCUCUGCCGGGCCGCAGUAUCCAACUCAGGGCUUCCAAAUCAGUCCGAGCAUACAGGGAAUUGUGGUCAAUAAGAACACCCAACAGGCCCAGCCCCAACAGCAGAUCCUCUUCCAGAACGGUCAGAUAAUCCAACCAAUCAACAUGCUGGGACAACAGUUGUUGGUACCAGCUGGCCUGGUUAUGACUUCACCUGACACAACUCUUCUGCAGAUUCAAAACAUGGGCGCAGCCUGUGGCAGUAUUAUCACACCCCAAGGCAUGAUGUUGCGAGCGGCAAGUCCGCAGAACAAGAACUUCCUGUCGCCCAAUGGAGGCGGUCAACAGUACAUUAUGGGUAAUAAUGGACAGUUGAGUCCGAUUGGACAACUCUACAGUACUCCCAUGGGAAUUAUGAUGCCAUCGCAAAACAAUACCGGAACCACUACAUUUGUCCAACAGAAUGCCACGAUUGUCCAGCAUCAGCAGCAACAGCAACAAACUAUCCAACAACAACAACAGCAGGUGCUGCAACAACAUGCUACCACAAUUCAGCAGCAGCAACAUCAACAACAACAACAACUUCAACAACAAACGAAUAAUCAAACAAUAACUGUGAUCAAUAAGAGGAUGCUAGAAGAUGCAUCCUCAGGAGCAAGUACCCAGAGGACGGCCGCUGCCAGUCCACCGGAUACAACAACGCACAGCCCUAGAAGUCCCGAAAGGCCACCAAGUCAAAGAAGCGGCGGAAGUGAUAUGGUUCAAUGUGUAUCCAGUUCGGAACCAGAUGGAGUUGUCUCGCCACAUAGUGUAGAAAGUGCUCAAUCGCCAUCGACUACUGAUUGCGAAAGAGGCAUGUCAUAUCAAACUACAAACAUUUACAAACCAUCGGAUGCGAAAGUUCGACGAGUUAAGACUCCGCCACAACAACAAUUCAGUUCAUCCUCCCAGGAUAUGAUGAAACCCGAUUCGCAUGAAUCACCUACAAAUUCGCCACCUUCAUCAAUGUCGGCAAUAACCUCAACAAUUAAUAAAAACAAUUUGGCUCCAAGCAACAAUAACAACAACAACAACCACCACCAGCACCAGCACCAUAAACAAUAUCACCGGAAUCCCAUGUCAACAUCAUCCAAUGCACCAUCAGCCAUCCAUAUCGACUUGGCCCAAAACGGAGUGCAAAAAUCCUUUACAAUUGGUGAAUUGAUUUGGGGUGCUGCUCGUGGCCAUCCAGCGUGGCCAGGUAAAAUUGUACGCCAACCCGACGGGAUGUCAACACCUUGUGAGUACCAAAGUGCUACCACUUGGGUACAAUGGUUUGGUGGCGGUGGUCGGUCGCAUGCUGAGCUGGUUGCCGUUAAUACACUGAAGAGUCUAUCCGAGGGUCUGGAAGCCCAUCAUAAAGCUCAAAAGGAUACAAGAAAGAGCAGAAAAUUAAAUUCCCAACUCGAACGUGCCAUUCAAGAAGCCAUGACUGAAUUGGAUCGUAUUUCAGCAGCUACAACAUCACCAGGCAGCAGCAGCAGCGGCAGUGGCAGUGGCAACGGCAGCAACAGUUGUUCCCAACCCACAUCAACAUCAUCUGGCAGUCCGAAUUCAACGAAAAACCGAGGACGUGGUCGAGCCGCUUUAUCCCAGAGUGUAGUCCAGCAAAGAUCGAAGCCAAUCCGGAUAGCCCCAGCACCGCCGAAUGCCACCGCUAGUUCAACAAUAACCACAACAAGCAUCACGAGUAUAAGCAGCAAGCAGCAAUCACCUUCAACGAGUAUUAGCCAAGUCACCAGCCAGCAGCUACAUCAUCAUCAUCACCAUCACCAGCUUCACCAAUCCCAGACGCAAUCGAAAUGACCCGAAUCGUCCAGCGCGCUCUCGUGGUCAAUGCAAACAGUUACUCUAGUCAUCCACAAUAACUAACAGUUAAAGGAGUUUCACAAAUCCACAGCAACAGCCACGACCACGGAGCAGCAUAUACUCCACAAUAGAAAAAAGUUGCUCCUUCAAGUCGCUGGCACCGAUAUUAAAGACGAUGGCGGUCUUGGUUUUGGUCUUGAAGACGAUACAAACGAGCGCGCAGUCUAAACCUAGAAUAAUCAAUUGUUUUACUUUUAUUUUUUAUUUUCUUAUAAAUAUAUUUAAACUCAAAAAAUAUAAAGUUUGUAUAUAUAAUUUGUAUUCGUUAAAAUAUAAAACCGUUAAUUUAUUUCAGCAAAUAGACAAUAAAAAAAAUAUAACUUGAAAUUGUAAAAUAGACAACAAAAAAAAACAAAAAUGUAUCAAAUUAAAAUAAAAUUAAUUAAACAAACAAACAAAACAAAAGAAAUCACGAUAUGUAUUUAGGUUUUAUGGUUAUUAUUGUUUUAAUCUUAACUAAUUUAUUUAUUCUAGUUUGUAAGCUAUAUAAGUAAUAUGUUUUAUUUUUUUUAAUUAAUUUUAUUAAUUUUCCAAUAGUGAUAUAAAAGAGAAAACAAAAACAAAACACAAUACAAAAAUCAAUGUAUUUUUUUAUUUGCAUAUCAUAUUAAAAAUAUGGUACAUAAAACAAUUGUAAAAGUUUUGCAAAAAUCUUAACCUUUUUUUAAAAAAAACACAAAAUUUAAGAAAAAUAGUAUAAAAACAAAAUGUAAUGUUAAAAUCAAAAUAAAUAAAAUCACACAUCCCCAAAUAUUAUAAAACAUAAUAAAUGAUACAUAAAACUUUGCUUUAAGUAGAAUCAGAUUACAAUAGAAUAAAAUAUAAAUCAAAUCAAUUUUUAAAAGUUGAAGAAAAAACAUAAAGAUAAACAUUUGCAUUUAAACUAAAAAAUAAUUAAAUAACUUAAAAGAAAUUAGAAAGGAAUCAUAUAAAAAAGUAUUGUGUGUUUUUCAGGAUUUGAAUUUAUAUUUAAAGAAACAGAUAAACAUAAAAAUUGAUUAUUAUUAUUAUCAUUAUUAUUAUUGUAAUAUUAUGAACGUUGUUAAUAUUAUUAUUCACACACUAUAAUGUAACAUUGUAUAUAAGAACAAAAAAUUAACGAAAUAAAAACAAAAUCAAAUUGAAAAUUUAAUUUGGAAUGAUAUAUCUCUUAGAUGAAAAAAACAAAAACAAAAAAAACAAAACAAACAAACCUAAAAACAAAUAAAGGCAACAAAAUGAAAUGUUUCAAAACAAUUAU